AAGAGGCAGGAGCCGCAGGACGCCCGAGAUGCCCGCCUUGCCCGCCGCCCUGCUCGCCCUCCUGCUCCACGUUCACCUCUGCAGGCCGGCUCCGGUGAACGGGUCAAAGUGGUCCUACAUCGGUCCUGAUGGGGAAAAAGUGUGGCCAAAGAAGUACCCCUUUUGCGGAGGAGUCUUCCAGUCUCCCAUUGACUUCCACAAUGACAUCCUCCACUAUGACUCCGCCCUUCUGCCAGUAGAGCUGGAAGGCUACAACGUCUCCUCGGAGGUCAAGUUCCUCUUGACCAACAAUGGCCAUUCAGUAAAAAUGAAUCUCUCUUCGGCCAUGCGCAUCCGGAAUUUCUCCUUCCAAUACUCAGCAGCGCAACUCCACUUACACUGGGGGAAUCGGAACAAGCAGGAAGGAUCCGAGCACACGAUCAGCGGGAGGCAUUUCGCGGCUGAACUGCAUAUUGUCCACUACAACUCCGAGCAGUACGUAGAUCUGAAAUCGGCAGUUGACAAGCCCAACGGGCUGGCAGUCUUGGCAAUCUUGAUGGAGGAGGGAGAUUUCAACCCGUCCUUUGAAAAGAUCUUCAGCCAUUUCCAACACGUGAAAUACAAAGGCCAGGAAGCCAUCGUCCCAGGUUUCAACGUCCGAGAUUUGCUCCCAGAGAGAUUGGAUGACUACUACCGCUAUGAAGGCUCUUUGACCACACCGCCAUGCUAUCCAAGCGUCCUCUGGACAGUUUUCCGAAAACCCGUAGAAGUUUCAGUGGGACAGCAAGAUCCGGCUCCCGGGGAAGGCAGCCCAGGUAUGUUUGUCUCAAGAGCGCUUGGCACAAAAUACCCUCCUCCUCGGUUUUCCAGUGGGCUUUCCAUCUCUUCCACCUGCAACUGCCAUUGCUCUGAUAACACCUGGGAUCUACUGACCUCUUGAUCCUCUUCUCCUGCCUGUCUCCUCUGCAAGAUAACCUCCGGCUCUGCAAGCCAUAUUAACUUUACUAACUCAGAAUCAACCUAUUGGAAAGGUUUAAAGCAGCAUCUCUUUGGUUCUUCUAGACCUUCGCAAAUUACAAAGGUUUCUUCUGGGAGAUGAUUGACCCUCAUUCGCAUGGUCUAAAGACAAUUGGCCAAGCGCACACACACACGCACACCCCCUUCUCAUAGUGAGAGAGCAGAGCAGAUCAUUCAGUCGCACAAUUUCAGGAGCCUUUCAGGAGUCCAGCUCUUAUUCCAAAAUUCUCCCUAACCACUUCAUUUUAUUUCACCUGAUAAAAGUACAUGGGAAAAUGUUCCAGGAAAGCUACUUAUCUCAUUGGGGUUUGCCUCAAGAGCUAACUAAAAAGAGCCGAGGUGGCGCAGUGGUUAGAGUGCAGC